AUGAACAUGAUGAAUGAUCAGGGAGUUGGCAGAUUUUCCUCUGCCAUUUCCAGUACCCCUCCCUCCCUGUACAGUUUCUACCAGCAGGGGCUGUACCCCAUGACUCCUCAUGUUCUCACACUCGCCCAACGCCUGACAGGAUAUUACCUCAAGCAGGAAGUGGAAUUGCUCAUUCUGUUGUUGGGUAUAGUCCUUGAGGUGAGAUACAGGAAUCAUCACUAUGAAAAGCAGAGACGAAGCAGGACAGCAUUCACUGCUCAGCAGCUGGAAACCCUGGAAAAGACAUUCCAGAGAACCCACUAUCCCAAUGUAGGAAUGAGAGAGACACUGGCAAUAAGCACAAACCUGCCCGAGGCAAGACUGCAGGUGUGGUUCAAGAACAGGAGAGCAAAGUUUCGUAAAAAGCAGCGCUCUCUCCAAAUAGCACAAUGUCAAGGGAAGGACGAAUGGCAGGUUACGGAGUCCGAACAGAAACAGGAAAAAGACUUGAAGCCAGUCGACAAUGAGAGGAAGAGCCUAAGCACAACUCCCAAGGGAGGGGAGAACCAGCUCCCUUUGUUAUUGGAUUACAAAAGCCCUGUUAAUGACUUGGCCUCUCUGAGUUCACUGGCACUCGCACCGUAUUCUAAUCGCACAAUAUUACACAAACCGUGGGAUAGUGAACUCAGACUCCAUGGUGUUGAAGGUGCUGAUUCUGAUAUCGGAGGUUUACGUUGUCUGACGUCUUUGGUAACUCCCACCCACUCGUCAAACAUGUGUGUUUUGCAGGAUGAUUUUAGCAGAUAUGUUCCCAUUCCUGGGUCCAUUGGCUGCUAUUUUUCUUUUGACCUUCCAUUGGGUACCAGCCCUGUUUCCUACAUAGACAUCAACACAGCUACUGCUCUGUGUAAUAUGCAGUGUCAGCAAUGCCCGCAAGAAGCCUGGACUUGUCCCAUCCCCGGGAAGCUGACAAGACUGACCUCCAAAUCCUCCAGUAUUGAAAGCCUGAGGCUCCGUGCGAAGCAGCAUGUGAUGGCUCUUGGGCUGCACAAAUCCAGCACAGCAAGAGAAUACAGGACGAUAACAAACACACCUAGCUGGGAAUUACAUUAG